AUGAACGAAUACUUCUAUCGAGCAAUAGCUUUGAUGUUAGCUGUGGGUGCGUUGUCGAGAAUUCAAAGAAUGGAGCGCAGCGAUCAAGCCCGAUCGGAAAAAUUUGCUAAACUGUUAGAAUUCGAAGAAAAAAGUAAAAAAAAGGCGAGUAGCCAACAGACUGUUUGCUACUACAAGGCAGAAAGAAAUGUAACGGGCAGGCUUCAGCCCGAAGAUAUCGAUACGAGCUUAUGCACCCACUUGAUUGUAGGGUACGCUGAAGUACGCGAAGACUUUCUUCUCCCUCGUACUACCUACGAUUUGGAUUGCUUCAACAGGACGUCUGCUCUCAAGAAGAAGAACACCAAAAUGAAAGUGAUGCUGUCCAUCGGAGACAAAUCGAAAGGAGGAUUCUCAAAAAUGGUGACAUCUAGUGAGAAAAGAGAGAGAUUCAUCUUCUCUUUACUGCAUUUUCUGGAUAAAUAUAACUUCGACGGAGUGGAUUUUGACUGGGAAUUUCCUGCGUGGAACGGAGGGAAUAAACUCGAAAGGUUUCACUUUGUGCUUCUGCUAAAGGAACUGCGGUUUGUCCUUGAAAGGGUGAAAAAAAAGUUUUUAGUAAGCCUUGCUGUUGCUGCCCACGUUGGUAUCAUAGAUACGUCUUACGAUGUACCUGAAAUAGCGAAAGCUGUGGACUUCGUGAACCUCAUGUCUUAUGACUUCCAGAUGUUCAGCAAGGAAUACCCUUUCACAGCGCACCAAAGUCCUCUUUUCUCCAGAAACAGCGAAAGAAAGCACAAUUAUUUUAACAACGUGGCUUGGGCUGCGAGUUUUUGGGAAGCUCGAGGAAUGCCUAGGAAGAAAAUAAUGGUAGGAAUACCAAUGCAUGCACGAACAUAUCAUCUGGAAAAUCCAAAAAAGCAUAGUUUGGAUGCUCCAGCCACCGGACCAGGGCUAGGAAAGGGCAAACUUUCUUUCUCUCAGGUAUGUUAUUUUUUAAAACAUGGUGCUAAGCAAAUUUUCGACUUAUCUACUAAGGUUCCUUUUGCAUAUCUGGGCCAUCACUGGAUAGCUUUCGAGAAUGAGCACAGUGUUUCUUUCAAGAGUCAAUGGGUAAAGGAAGAAGGCUAUGGUGGUAUUAUGAUCUUCAACUUGAAUAAUGACGACUGGGCAGGACAUUGUGAUAAUAAGACCAAAUUUUCCCUUUCAAGGGCGGCCACCAAAAUGAUAUCUUGAGACAGAAAUCCUAUUUCUGACUGUAUAUUACAAUUUACAACAAGAUGUGAAGUGAAAGGCUGCCGGACACGGAUAAGACAUGAAAUUAUGACUGUGGUAAAAAUUAGUCAACCUCAAAAAGUUCCUGAGCUUAAGAGAGCCCACCUGAUUAUUUGUUACAUGCCU